AUUUCAAUUUUCUCAACAAUCUCUCUCUCUCUCUUAUUCUUAUCUCUUUCUUACGAAUCAUCUUUCACUCUGUCUCUGAUUUUUGUCUAAUUUUCACUCCGAGAAUGGAUACUGAAUCUUUCAAACUCGACGUUCAUGUUAAGACUUGGUCUCAAGCUCCGUCGUCAGGGUUCUUAAGCACGGUGGUAAUAAGUCUAUACAGAGAAGUCGAGGAAUUUCUCAUUAGCGAGAGCGAUGAUAGUGUCACGAGUCUCGGAUCUUACCCAGAUUCUUCUCGUCCCGACCCACUAAUCUCUCUGAAACUACCAUGUUUCAAACCAAACUACGUCUAUCAACUUCUCCAGACCCAACUCCACGAUCAUGUCAUGUCCGAACAAAUAUCUUAUAAGAUUGUAGAAGCCCAACAGCUAAGAAGUCAAAGUUUUUACUUGCCACAACAACAACCUUUAUUCAUGAUAGUCUCCGUCAAAGUGACUCAGAAGGUGUACAACGUUGUGCCUUGUAGUUCUGCUUCGUUGGCAACAGAUUUGGACCAAGAGAGCCAUGAAGAAGAAGAAUCGAAGACUUGUGCAAUCUGUUUGGAGAAUCUGUCGAGAUCCGAGGAUUAUUGCCAGAUGCCUUAUUGCUCGCAUUGUUUUCAUGAACGAUGUGUCACUAAGUGGGUGGUUGGACAUAAUAACUCGUGCCCUCUCUGUCGCAAACCUGUUGAUAAAUAACAAGAGUGAAACAGAGUAUAAUUAGGGUUUCAAGAUAUGUUUUUAUUUUGUUUUCUUAGUGAUUUUGUUAACUUGUUUCGGAUGUCUAUUUAGGGUUUUCACUUUUAUGUUUUGUCUUAAGAGGUAAAUUAGGGUAUUUCUUAUCUGUUUUUGUUGGCAACAUGUAUUGCAGUUUGAUUUAAUGUAAUUCAGAUUCUCUAGACUUGAAGUUCACAUUGUUAAUUUGAUUUACAAGUUUGAAUCUAGUAUGCGACACAUAUCUCUUGCAACACACAACACUGACUUAAACCGAAUAUAGUUUCAGAUUAUAA